GCUCUGGUGGUCUCACAACUUUCAGGAUAAGUUUUGUACACGGAACUACGGAGAUGACAGCUGCAAGGUGCAACAAUCUCUAGUGUUUUACCACCAUUUAACGUAAACAAGUCUAUGUGUUCUGAUUAGGGACUGUGUACACCAUCACGAUGUUACCUCCAGUGAAGAAGAACCGUGUCAUCACACAGCUCCCAAAGUGCUUUAGUCCCUCUGCGGCGCUGCACACCAAAGACAGUUUCCAUCCUCAGGUCAGAGCUGUGUGUCAGGUGCAGAAACCUGGAUCUAUCAGUUUUAACAUCGCCAAGGUGAUAGUUGUGGGUGAUGUAGCGGUCGGUAAAACAUGCUUGAUCAGCAGGUUUUGUAAAGGCGAGUUUGAUAAAAACUACAAAGCAACCAUUGGAGUAGAUUUUGAGAUGGAGAGAUUCGAGGUGCUGGGAGUCCCCUUCAGUUUGCAACUAUGGGACACAGCCGGGCAAGAGAGAUUCAAGUGCAUUGCCUCAACAUACUACAGAGGAGCGCAAGCCAUUAUAGUGGUUUUUGACUUGAGCAGCACUACCUCUUUAGCACAUGCCAGACAGUGGCUGGAGGACUCCAUGAAGGAAAAUGACCCCUCUAGUGUUUUACUGUUCCUGGUUGGCACCAAGAAGGACCUCAGCUCUCCGGAUCAGCUGGAGAAGAUUGAGAGAGAAGCCAUCAGACUCUCAGAGGAAAUCAAGGCGGAGUAUUGGGCCGUGUCUGCCAAGUCUGGAGAUGGAGUGAAGGAUUUGUUCUUCAGAGUGGCUUCUUUGACAUUUGAGGCCAAUGUUUUGUCUGAAUUCGAGAAAAAUGGGUCAAAGCCCUACGGGGACAUUAUCAAAAUCACAGACAACCCAGACAAUCCCAAGAGGAAAUUAAGUUGCUGCUAAUGAAGAGCUGUGGACUGUGGAGUUCUCAAAAAUCUCAUGGGAAAAGUACUACAGACUCACUGUUCUGCACUUGUCCUUAGAGGAAUGUAAUUUGGCCAUGUCUGACAUCAGCCCAUAAACACGCAACAAAAACAAGAUGCUCCACCAGCGUGUCCUCUUUGGAAUCUGUGUCAACUGACCAGGCCCUCAACAACCACUGCUCUGUGCUGCACUACAGCUGUAAUUUUCAAACAGUCACACCAAGUUUUAACUCAGAAAUGUGUGUCUCAGUCAGUCAAUGUGCAAUCUUUAAUACAGCAUUACAGAGUAAACAGGAAAUAAACUGGGACUAUUUACUGUACCUGGUUAAAGCCAUGAUUAAACUAAAUUAAAUCAGGGUUUAUCUAACUUCAUUUUAGCAUAUACCAUGACCAAACCACUUAACUGCCAGAGCUAAAUGAGAUGUUAUUGUUGAUGUUGUAUGCACAAAAUGAUAAUAAAUUCAACAUAUGACCCAAAUAAGACCAAAGAAACUCAACUAAACAGUUUACUACUACCUAGCAUGUAAUUAUAUGAACUGGACUACA